AUGGCCGAAGUCAUGGAGCCUCCCCCAUUCGACAACGACGAAGACCUAAAAGAUGAAGACGAUCUGUUCUCUGAUGCUAAAGAGAAACCUUCAUCGCCAGAAUCUGAGCAGUCUCAAGAAUCUGGGAUCCACCUGUCGGAUUCCAAGAGUCUCUCCAAGGAUGAAAACAGUGUGGAUGAGGAUGUGGAUAACAGGGAGGAUUUUUUUGAAGGAGUGGGUGCCGAGAUCAGGCUAGACUCAGAUGAAGAAGGUGGCAGAGAGGAGAAUGAGAAAGAGGAAACAGAUUCAGACUCACCAGCAACAGCAGCUGCAUCCCAUGGUUUGAAACCUCAGAUUUCUGUCACAGAAACAGCAGGACCCAAAACUAAAUUAGUGCCACCAUCUCUUCAGUCAGAGGAGGUUUCAGAGUCAGCUGACGAGAAGCCAGCUUAUGAAACGCAGAUAAAGAUAACAGAUGCUCUGAAAAUGGGAGAGGGCAUGUCAGCGUACAUAGUUUAUAAAGUCAUCACCAAGACCAGCAACCCUGCAUUUAGACGACCAGAGAAUGCUGUGCUUCGCCGCUUUAGUGAUUUCUUGGGUCUCCAUGCUAAAUUGACAGAGAAACAUUUGCCUUUAGGAGUCAUAGUUCCUGCGGCUCCAGAGAAAAGUGUCCUAGGGAUGACCAAAGUCAAGAUGUCUAAGGAAGACUCUGGGUCAACAGAUUUUAUAGAGAGACGGCGAGCAGCUCUAGAAAGAUACCUGACACGAACAGCCAUGCACCCGACUCUAGCUAGUGACCCAGACUUCAGGGAGUUCUUGGAGAAAGAUGGAGACCUUCCCAAAUCUACCAGCACCUCAGCUCUCAGUGGGGCGGGUGUCAAGAGACUGUUUAGUAAAGUUGGAGAGUCCUUUGAUAAAAUCACACUCAAGGUGGAGGAGAGCGAUGAGUGGUUUGAGGAGAAACAGCAGCAAGUGGAAGCCCUGUACCUACAGCUGAAGAAACUACAUGCCAGUCUAGAGAUACUAUCACAACAUCGCAAAGAACUGAGUAUCAGUGCUGCAGCUUUUGCUAGAAGUGCGGCCAUGUUGGGAAACGUGGAGGAGCACACGGCCUUGUCUCGAGCCUUGUCCCAGUUGGCAGAGACGGAGGAGAAGAUUGAGACCAUACACAAGGAGCAGGCAGACGCAGAUUUCUUUCUCAUGGCAGAGUUAAUGAAAGAUUAUGUGGCUCUAAUGGGGGCAGUUAAGGAUGUGUUUUAUGAGAGAAUAAAAACUUACAAAACAUGGAAGGAUGCAGAAGCAACGUUAGGCAAGAAGCGAGACAACAAGGCCAAGCUGGAGGCACAGAACAAGAUGGACAAGAUCUCACAAGCCCAGGCUGAGAUCACUGAGUGGGAACAGAAAGUGGAGAAGUGCCAGGAGGACUUUGAGACAAUGUCCCAGAACAUCAAGAAAGAAAUGUUUCGGUUUGAGAAACUUCGAGUGACUGACUUCAAGGAUGGAGUGGUCAAAUACCUGGAGGUUCUCCUGGACAGCCAGCAGAAGCUGAUCAAGUACUGGGAGACGUUCCUGCCAGAAGCUAAGGCUAUAGCCUAG